AUGCUGAUUGGUGAUAAUUGUGAGGCGAACCUGCUAUACCUCUUGGAGCGAGGCUUCUUCGAGACGCUGGCCAUCUCCUUGCCCAAACUGUUCUAUUUUCAGCAAUCUCUUGCUCAGAUAUUAGUUCCGUUUGAGCGUCUUAUGGUGAAGUUCGAAACCAGCAGAAAUAGGUUUGUUCUGAGCAAAGAAGAUGUUGGUGUUUGGCCAAUGUUCUCUCUUGCCUCGUGUCUCAGGAUCGAGUCUGAGGAUUCCAGUAGACUCACCAGAAGACAGAUUGUUGCAUAUUGUGUCGCUUUAACAGAAUUCUACUGCAGAAACCUCGAUCUUCUGGAAAUAUGGUUUGAGUUCAGCCAAGAGCUGCCACUAUAUUCGGCUAUCAGACUUGGACUUUACGAAGUGGAUAGAGUUCAGGCGAUGCAAUCUUUCAGCGCAGUUCUGAAAAUUGUAUCAAUUGAGCGGGUAAGCCCUGCUCUCAAGCAUUGGCUGCGCAAUAGUCACCUGGCAGAUAUUUUCCUGGAAUUCAUCAAAUCGUCAAUGUCUCAGCUAGAGGAUAGCAUGGACUCGGAGCGUCUCGUUGCGCUUCCCUCUUACCGUGAAAUUCUCUCCCAUGACGUACAGCGUGAUAUUGCAGCGGAGAAGUUGGCAACUUUCUGCUUCUCUCUUGAACAGUACUCGAGCCUCAUGGAAUCGACUGCCAGCGAAGAUAUCAGAGACUAUUUCUCCAGUGCCCUCAAAUUGGAGGUCUUUGACGUAUUGCUGGAGAGGUGCAUUACUGAGAAGGACCGCACCAGCCGGCCGUUUUCGCUCUUUUGCAAGGCUCUGGAUCAUUUUCUGGAAAAGAAAGACCCAAUUGUUAUCGAUAUCCUUCUUCUUGAAAGUUUUCAAAGUUUCCUGACGGCAGCGUUGCUGACUAGUUCUGGAGACGAAAGUUCAAUCUCCAAAGCACAGAAUGCUUUUCUGCAAAGCUCAAUGUUCUCGUUUCUCCAAAAGCUUUUGGUGACAAUGAAGAUCUUGAUUGUAGACAACUUGUUGGGAGAAACAACUGAAACAACUGAAAUGCCUGGUACAAUGCUGAACUACAGCACGCUUGUACAGUUAGGCAAGUCGUUUAUGGUCCCCCGGACCAUGUGCAUCAACGUUGGGUUUUACCUCACCAAAAUCAUGGGUUCGCUCAACCGAAAGGAAACAACCAGCUAUUUCAACAUUAAGAGCUCACUUUCAAAGAUCUUGCUCGUGAGGAUGAUUCAAUUCUACUCGUAUCCAUGUUCUGCAAACGAGUCUUUCGUCGCCUUCCUCUUGGAUGUUCUUCUGCUGGAUAAUGGAUAUAUGCUGGAGAUGUUUUUGACCAAGAAUGAAGCUGAACCACUUCUUGCUAGAGUUUUGCAAUGGAUAUACUUCUUUGGAAUUUCAGAAGACAAUGACGCAGACAGAGAAGUAGUCACAAUCCCACCCAUCCCUUCUGACCUGUUCAACGAUGCGUUGCAAAUCUUGCCAGAGAAAUCAGAAGAAGCCAUGAUUCUUGCAAAUUGUUUUGAAAGAGAUGAUGGUGACAUGUUGGAGGUUCCAGCCCCUGUUUUUUUCCAGAAUCUCGAGGUAUUGAAAUUGCUGAUAAUGCGCAUUGUGUGUUGCUCUUUGGCUUUUGAGACCGCCCGGAGGUCAACACCAAGCAUUGUGAUGGUAACAACUUGGUAG